AUGGGUGACUUGCCUGCUUUCCCGCUCCACGAUGAUAUGAAACGAUAUCAACAGCAGCAGCAGCAACAGCAGCAACAACAGCAACAACCAUAUUAUCAACCACAACAACAACAACUGGCUCCACAGCCUACAGGUUAUGGAGGAUACCAGCAACAACCUCAACAAGCAAUGGCUCCACAGCCAACGGGGUAUGGAGGAUACCAACAACAACAACCUCAACAAGCAAUGGCUCCGCAACCAACAGGAUAUGGAGGAUACCAACAGCAGCAACCACAGCAGCAGCAGCAGCAGCAGCAACAGCAACAACAACCAUAUGGGUAUGGAUAUGUGAGUCCACAACCCCCUCCACAGCAAUCAUACUAUGGGCCUCCUGUUCAACAACAGCAGAUGCAGCCUCAACAGAUGCAGAUGCAGCCACAACAACAACAGCAACCUGGGUUCCCUGGGAUGGGCUACAAUUCAAUGGGUGGAGGUAAUGCGCAAUAUGGACAGAUUCAGCGGCCAUUGACUGCGGGGCCAACGCGAAGCAAUAGCAUGAGCAAUAGUGAGAAGCUACGGAAGAUUUUCAAUGGUGUGGAUAAGGAUAAGAAUGGGAGACUGACGGAGGAUGAAUUACAAAGCGCAUUGAUCAAUGGCGACUACACCAAAUUUAAUGCAGACACUGUGCGGCUGAUGGUGAAGAUGUUUGAUCGAGACCAUGAUAAUGCGAUUGAUUUUCAAGAAUUUGAUUAUCUUUGGCGGUAUCUUGCAGAAUGGCGGAAGAUUUUUGCACGGUUUGAUACGGACAAGAGUGACACGAUAUCAUUUUCUGAGUAUGAGACGGCGUUACAGGAGUUUGGGUAUACGCUAAGUCCGCGGUUCAUUGAGAAUCUAUUUCGUCAGUAUGCACAUGUUAAUAAGAGCCGGCAGAGUGUGAUGUCGUUUGAUAUGUUUGUGCAAUCGUGUAUUAACCUAAAGCGGAUGACUGAGGUUUUUAGGGUACGGGAUGUGUCACGGACCGGGAUGAUUACCUUGUCAUUUGAGGAGUUUUUGAUUGCUGUAAUGGAGUUGCGGUAA